AUGGCGAUCCCCCAACGGCAAACCCCUCCGAUCGAGGAGUUGCGUCAAUUCUAUGUCGGCAAAAGCAUCCAUGAUGUUCCUAAGCCUGCGAUCAUACUAGACCGAGCUAGGGUGAACCGCCAUUGCCAGUCUAUGCUUAAGGCUGUUGAAACCCUUGGCCUUGGCUUUCGAGCGCAUGUCAAGACUCACAAGACGAUAGAAGCAACACGUCUCCAGAUAGGCCAUGGAAGCGGCGAUGUCAAGCUCAUUGUAUCAACUUUAGCGGAGAUCGAGCACCUUCUGCCUCUUCUCAAAGAGUAUAAAGACGCAGGUCGUCGUCUUGAUAUUCUCUACGGCCUUCCUCUACCCCGCUCGCAGAUCUCAAGGUUGGCAGCACUUGGCUUAGAGUUGGGGCAGGGAAGUAUCUCUGUUCUUAUCGAUCAUCCAUCCCAGCUCGACUCUGUCAAGGCAUUCUCGCAACAUGCCAAGUUUCCUGCGAGAGUCUUCCUGAAGGUUGACACAGGAUAUCAUCGCGCAGGACUGCCGCCAACUGCCAUGAACAAAAACGGUCUGAUCGAGGUACUUGCGAAGCUUGAAGCUAACGGCGAGGCUGAAUUGCUCGGACUGUACUCACAUAGCAGUCUGAGCUACAAGGACUGUACGGCUGAGCAAGCGAUGGCGAACCUCGAGGGCGAGAUACAGGGCUGCCUUGAUGCACUAAAUGCUCACGCUCACCUGUUUGCCAAGGAUAAGAAACUAGUCAUCAGCGUUGGAGCCUCUCCCCAGGUCACAGCCAUCGAGAACCUCGUGACUUCGCAGGGAGAUCUGUCGCCCGCAGCUGAGUCUCUACGCAAAUCAAUUCAGGCCGUGACAGCGGGCAAGCCUGGCGGACUUCAGACGAGGCUUGAGCUCCACGCUGGUGUAUACUCCAUCCUCGACAUGCAACAAGUCUCAACCAACUCGAGGCGAGAACUAGGAACCUUCGAAGACGAGAUUGCCAUCUCCAUCGUCGCUGAAGUUUGCAGUGUCUACAAUGAUAAAGAGAGAUCACAGCCUGAAGCAUUGGUCGCUGUCGGAUGUCUUGGGCUUGGCCGCGAACCAUGUGCAGCGUAUCCAGGCUGGGGUGUUAUCAGUCGUUCAUCUUACAAAUCUCAGGCUGGAGAUGGAAGGCGUUUGAUCAUUGACAGGAUUAGCCAGGAACAUUCCAUUGCGGCAUGGGAACAUUCUGAGGGCGAGGAUGCAUCAUCUUUGCUCCCGAUCCCGUUGGAGGUUGGACAGGAUGUCGUCAUAUUCCCGAACCAUGCUUGCGUUGCUGGAGCAUUAUACGGAUGGUAUCUUGUGGUUGACUCUACGGAAGGAGAUGCAACAAAGAUUGUUGACGUAUGGGUUAGAGCGAGCGGGUGGUAG